AUGCGCAAUGGCUCCCCAAUGUUCACCCUCCUCUCAGGCUAUAUCGGAUCCAUCAUCUUCGGCACCAUCAUGGUCUUUGUGGCCUUCGACGAGAGAUCUUCAAAGGUCAUGUACCUCAUUCAUGCGCCCCUUUGGCUGAUAGUGUUCUGGUUUGCCGAGGGCUUUUUGGUGAAGCUACAAGUCUUUGCGACCGUGAGCGGGAGCAUCGUACUUUGGUUCGUCUUCCAAUGUCGCUUGUUGCGCUUCUACAUCCUCUUUCUUGGUCUAAUGUCGAUCCUCUAUGUAGUCUGGGAUACUCUCGAUGACAUUCUGUAUCGUAAACAGAAUGAGUCCGACUCGGGCCUCCUGAGCAGACUUGUGCCAGGGUCUAGACCAAUCAGUGAGCAAAGGAGAUAG